ACCGAUUCACGUGAACAGAUCGAAAGCUGACAUUCGAAGCAGGCAACAAUCAAUAGUCACUCGGAUCUGACAUUGGUUUGCGAGACCGCGAAUCAGGACUGAAUAGCCGCACUGAAGAUGUUACCUAGUUUGGUAACGAAACGUCUGCAACCGAAAUGCCCGGCUCGAAGAACAGGACAAUCCUCUCAUCUGCACCCGGAGCUGCAGAUAUCUUACUCUCUUCUGGUACAUAUGUCGCCCAAAGCCAAUUGCGGGAUUAAAUGCGAUUGCUCCGCGGAACGCGAAUAUGUACAAACAAUGCAGACAGAUGAUGAAAGUGACACAGAUUACUUGGAGAAGCUUCGGAAUUUCUCAAACUGGACAAGCCAUGGAUCACACAGAGGGCCAGCUGAUACUGCCAGAUGUAUCGAGAGCCGGCGUUACCUUCAGCGUGUUCUGCAUUCCGUACCAGUGAACAUCAUUGUUAUCAUUAUGGCUUCGGUUGACGCUAUGAUACUGGUUGCCGUGUUGCUAUUGGAAAUUGAGGCACUUAAGCUAGAUCCAGGAGAGCAAAGAAAUCGUUUGAACGAAGCUCGGUUUGGGUUGGAAUGCGUCAGCAUUGGAAUAAUCUCCAUCUUUAUCAUUGAGAUCUCCAUGAAGUUGUUUGCAAUGGGACCGAAAACUUUCUUCAGACAUUGGAUUGAGGUUCUGGACCUGGUGGUUGUCGUGAUCAGUUUGAUAGUGGAUGCGAUCAUCAUUGCAGCGCAUGUUGCCCACCAACAUUCAGCACAUGGGUCCGGCCUUCAUCAAUCCUCCGAAGGCACUUCUUCAGACCAACUGGAUGCAGUUGGCGCAGCGGCCGGAUUGCUGAUCGUUUUCCGAUUAUGGCGGAUAGUGGGAAUAAUGAAUGCCACUAUCGUAACAAUUCACGGGGGUUUGGAGACCAGGAUAGAAAAACUAAAGGAAGAAAGAAAAACGUUACGUUGUCGAGUAAUUCAGUUAGAGUCUGCAAUGGAGGAGGCGAACCUGCCCAUACCAAAGAUGGUGGAUGAUUCGGAAGAAAGCGUGGAAAUCAGUUCGAGGCAUAACCAUGCUCAUCAGCACAGAAAGCACCAACGCCUCCACCACCACCACAACAACCGGAACCACUGGAUGCAACCAAAUGAAGUCACCGAAAAUCCCAAUGAUAUAGGAUCGGUAACAACCGAUUUCCCUGUUGCAUCACAUCCAGCUAACGGAAGCUAG